AUGGGCUGCCAGAUGCUCCAUUUGGCCCUCAAACAGGUUGAACAGUGUUUAAAACGUUUGAAAAACAUGAAUUUGGAGAGUUCAAUUCAGGAUCUGUCUGAGUUGUUUUCUUUCAAUGAAAAUCGGCCUGUAGCUACCAAAGCGUGUGUCAUCCCCAACCAACCAGUGGUGGAAUUUGUGUUGAUGAAGAUUUUGGGAGCCUGCAAAUUGUUACUUCGCUUGUUAGACUGUUGCUGCAAGACACUUCUGUAUCCUUGA